CCGCGGUCUCGCCACUCUAGCACGAUCCUGCGCGCAUCGCACACCCGCACGUUGCAUUUUAUGUUCCCUACCCGCGUUGUGACAAUGACGAAGGUGCUCAUUCUCCUGCUAGUCCUGUGCGCUUUCGCCACAGCCAUGGUGCCAAGAGAGAGGCGAGCCGUGGACCUUGAGGAGUUGCCCGCGAGCAGCAGCACCACCACCGCGGCUCCCAACAUCUGCGCCCCGACCACCCCCUGCGGCUGGUCCAUAUAUAAGCCCCAAAUCAAGAUCAUCGAUAUGUUCGUCGUCAACGGCUAUUGCAUUUGCGAGGAAGGAUUGAACUGCGCGAUCGACGAGGACGACAAGUCGGUGAGCACAUACGUGCACAGAUGCCGCCAGCCCGGCAGCGUGACUGAAAUUAGCAUUAAGAAAAGAUAGCAUGUGGGGACUCCUCUCGUCUUUACAUAAGCUGCAUUCCACGUCGCCAGCAGCUAUUCACACACACCCCAAAGGGCCCUAUUUCGAAAUCGAAACCUCAUAAAGUCACAUCAACAAAAGCAAGAUACAUCUAGGCCUCAGAUUGGCUGAAUUUCAGGACCGCUUUAUUUAACAAACUGAAAUGAUCGUUUUUUCUAUCGGUUGAGAUAAAGGCAUACUUAAUUAUUUGUUAUGUAAUUUUAAUGUUUUUAAUUCUAAUAAUAUUUUAUGUAUUUUUUGUAGUAUAAAAUCACAAAUACACAUUAUAAAAGUUUUUAAAACAAAAAUUUAGUUACGUUACAGAAAGGAUUAUAUGACCAAAGUUACUUUUUUUAUUAUCACCUUUUAAUCUGCAGUGUUCUAUCA